AUGUGGAUUCUGGAUGUUCUUGGAUUACGAACAGGGGUGAGGAUUUUGCUUUUAGUGUCAGAUAUACAUUUCCUUUGUUUCAACUGAUUUUUAAUAAAGCAUUUUAUGAUUCUUAUCUUUCCAGUGGAUACAUGUAGCUCAUUUGGGUGAUCAAAAACUUUUAUUACAGUUGUGGUACCUCAAUAUAACAAACCUCUAUACAUAUAGGAGAUCCUUAAUAUAGGCCGGUUGACCUCUGGGGUUCCUUUUCUUAAUAACUGCACUUGUUUGUAACAAUGCUUGCUUUUUUGAAAUAAAGUAUUGUAUUAUAAUGAAGUCCUCAGUCUGAUGAAUGAUGUUUUUUACCCCAGUAAUAAUAAAAAUGAAAAAGAACCUUGAUAUAACAAAUCCUCAUAGCUAUUUUGCCGCCCUUCAUACUUAUACCCAGGUUCCAGUGUAUUUUCGCCUUUAAAAGAAACAAAGUGAGCUGAAUGGGCAGUUUACAACAGCAUCAAGGCUGUGCUCUAAGAAAAAUUGAAGUGAGCCCAGUGCUUAAACCUGUGAAAUUCAGGAUGCCCAGUAUAAGAUUUCUAUGAAAAGAAAAUUGUCCAAAAGCAAAAUUGAGGUGCCACUGGGCACUGCUAGAGAACAUGAGCACAGCCCUAUGAGCAUACAUGCACACAAGGUUUUUUUUUUGUCCAAAUGUUAACAUGUUGGUCCAUUUAGCUUACAGAACCUUUUUCUGUCUAUUUAGAUUCUUUUAGGUGCCUGGCUUAAUGCUGUGGGAGCAGCAGUCAGAAUAUUAAGUGGAACUAAGUUUGUCCCUACGAACUCCAGAUUUGUUGUAGUGAUGAUUGGUCAAACCUCUGCAGCAUUAGCACAACCUUUUCUUCUUGGUUCCCCAACUAAGCUGGCUGCUGUGUGGUUUGGAGCAGAUGAAAGAGCUACCGCAAACAUGAUAGCUUCAUUAAGUGAGCUNUAUAAUGAAGUCCUCAGUCUGAUGAAUGAUGUUUUUUACCCCAGUAAUAAUAAAAAUGAAAAAGAACCUUGAUAUAACAAAUCCUCAUAGCUAUUUUGCCGCCCUUCAUACUUAUACCCAGGUUCCAGUGUAUUUUCGCCUUUAAAAGAAACAAAGUGAGCUGAAUGGGCAGUUUACAACAGCAUCAAGGCUGUGCUCUAAGAAAAAUUGAAGUGAGCCCAGUGCUUAAACCUGUGAAAUUCAGGAUGCCCAGUAUAAGAUUUCUAUGAAAAGAAAAUUGUCCAAAAGCAAAAUUGAGGUGCCACUGGGCACUGCUAGAGAACAUGAGCACAGCCCUAUGAGCAUACAUGCACACAAGGUUUUUUUUUUGUCCAAAUGUUAACAUGUUGGUCCAUUUAGCUUACAGAACCUUUUUCUGUCUAUUUAGAUUCUUUUAGGUGCCUGGCUUAAUGCUGUGGGAGCAGCAGUCAGAAUAUUAAGUGGAACUAAGUUUGUCCCUACGAACUCCAGAUUUGUUGUAGUGAUGAUUGGUCAAACCUCUGCAGCAUUAGCACAACCUUUUCUUCUUGGUUCCCCAACUAAGCUGGCUGCUGUGUGGUUUGGAGCAGAUGAAAGAGCUACCGCAAACAUGAUAGCUUCAUUAAGUGAGCUAAUGGAAAUAUUGAAAAUAAUUGCCUCCCUCAAAUAAUCCCACCCCCACCCCUCUCGCCAUCUCUUUCUUUUAUCCCCUCCCUGUCAAGUUGAAGUGGAGUCUCAUCCAGCAAAACUGAUCAGUGAUGAUUCAUGCUCUGAUGCCAAGAAUAUUGACACUGAAAAUUAAAAAAGGCACCAAAUUUGGAACACUUUAUAGAAAGCCCAUGUUGAGUUAUUUUGAUGUGAUCAUUUUUUGGUUAAAUGGGAUAAUAAAACAAAAUAUUUAGGGCGCAAAUUCCAGUGAGCACUACUUAAAAUAAUCGCCUCCCUCAAAUAAUCGCCCCUUUCUGUGCGAAAAGAAUACAUGUAAUAAUCAACCCCAACUGUCAUAUUUCAAGGAAAUAUGGUAUGUCAAGUGACCCGCAAGCAAAUGAUCAAGCUAGAAAUUCUGAGAUUGCCUUUUCUAUGGAUCAGAUGAAGUUCCAAGUUUUUAAAUGUUUGUUUGAUGAAUUUUUUCACUUUGGUCUUCAGGUAAUCCUGUAGGUGUUAUGGUGGCUAAUGUGCUAGGCCCAGUUCUUGUUAAACAUAACAACGACAUACCUUUCGUGGUAGGCUCUUUCACAGUUGCUUUAAUGUUGUCACAUCAACUCCAACUUUACUUCACACUGCUAAGAAUAAGUUUGUCCAGUCUGUCUUAACACUGUGUGAAGAUCGUUAUUAAAAUCACUUGUCGUCAUAGUGACCAGUUAAUAGUGUACCAAAACAACUAAAUGGCAGCCAUGUCUGUGUACCAAAAAUACCCUGUGGGGAUUAAACUGUUUUCUCAUAUUGAGACUUUCAUAAAUUUUGUUCCAAGAAAUUUGAAGUAAUGUGAAAACAGUCUUAAGUCACGGCAUGAUAUCCCGUCCCAGAAUUGUUGUUGCCUGUCAAUAUAAAUGUAAUGCUAACAUAAUUUGCUUAUAAUUACGAUAUUGUGUGGGUGUUAUUAUCAUUAAUUUUAUGCUCAAUAUAUUUCCUUAGUUAAAAAUGUUCUCUGUUCCUGCCUUUCUUGGUGUUGCCAUGGCAACUCUGGGAGUGUGCAGCAGUUCCCCACCCACCCCUCCAACAGCUUCAGCAGAAUCAAAGUCAGAGCCUUUCUUCACAGGACUUAAAAAGGUGGGUGGAUGACAACUUAAAUACUCCUGAUAUUCUUCUGAAGGCAAUCUUACCUAGCUUCAUUUGUAGCUUCACUUUGUGAAUGUUCACAGACAAAGACUUCUGCAAUACUGACCCAUUAUCUAAAGGACUCUUCUUGUAGAAAAAAGUGUUCAUGGACAACGACAGUGACCUUCUUAGAUGAUUGUAAUUUUCAUAACGACAUGACUCCAUUGUAUUUUUUAAAACUGAUAACUUUUGCUGACAUAAACAUAUUAAUUAAUUAUUAAAUUUCAAUGUCAUUAUUGCGGGUGACAAGAGGAACCCACAAUCCUAAUCUUCAGGUUGCUAUUACACAUACACAGCAUGUAUAUACAGUGAGUAGCCAGCUUUACUUGGACUUCGACAAAAAAUGAAUGGAAUGUAUCGUAGGUAAUCUGAUCAUGCGCAUUUGGACCUUCUAUCACUUGUAGUUUAAUCACACAUGUUUUGACCAUCUAUCUUAUGCAAAGAACAGCGUUUGAACAAAAGCGUUUUAACCUUCAAUCAUUCUUGCCCACACUCGGUAACCCUUGAUUACUACUAGUUAAUAAUUACUUCUUAUUGUCAAAUUUGUUGAACUCAACUUUUCAGAUUUUACAAAACAAGGCAUACCUGGUGUUGAUGAUUGCAUUUGGUAGUGGGAUUGGUCUUUUUACAUCCCUAACAACCCUCCUGGAGCAGGUCAUUUGUCCAUGGGGCUAUAAUGAUGUACGUUUCUACAGAUUAAACAUGUUGGCAUCAGGUUUUUUUCUGGCUGGCAAAACAGGUUUUAUUUCUUAAUCAAAAACAUAAGAACCCACCUGUAAUAUGUAUGGCUAUGCAAAUGACAAGUCUUUCUUUUGAUAAAAGGAAGGUGGGUACAUACUCAUCAAGACAGCACCUGACCAGUCUUUCUGUGAAGUAGGCUUGGGCGGGGGACAGGGGGUUACUGUCAUUAUGGGCUAUAUAAAUUAUUGUAAUAGGUAUGUGCUUUUUUGUGCAUAGGUUUACAUUAUUUUCAAGUAGUUAAGUCUGGGAUAGGUUAUAGAAAUUAGAGAAACUUGGUCUAGAAAAGGGUAUCAUUUUCCAGGAAACUGCUUAACAAUCGAUCAGUCAGUUAUUGGUUGAAGAUUUUAGUCUGGACUCAGAAAAUCGGGAAUUGACACUCAAAAAAUGUAAUUGGAAAAUUUAAAUUUACCCGCAUCUCAGUUUAAUAGCCAAAAAAAUUGUGAGUAGAUGACCUUAUUAAAUAUAGCGACUCUAGGAUGGUGAGUGGUGACUCAGGGUUGUCACUAAAAUUUCAAGUUGUUGUGUAAAGACAACAGUACAUGUAGGUGGGGAAUCGAACAGCUAGGGAUGUCUUUUGAUUCCAGAUUUCUUUUAUUUUCCAAUAAAAGGAGCCAGGAGCCACACUCAUUGUAGCCGGGGGGAAAUCCCUGGCCCCCGGCUCUUAAUGACCUCCCCGGUGACAGGAGCUUAGUCUUGUAUAGGGUAGCAACAUUCAGCUGAAUACUAGGUGUGGUAUAAGCUAAGGGUUCAAGGGUCUCAGCGUCACACCCCCACUCACCCAUCCCUUCCACCCGGUCCCCCUGGGAGUAGUCGUUCACAUCCCCACCAACCUACUCACCCAUCCCUUCCACCCGGUCCCCCUGGGUGUAGUCAUUCACAUCCCCACUCACCUACUCACCCAUCCCUUCCACCCGGUCCCCCUGGGAGUAGUCCUUCACAUCCCCACUCACCUACUCACCCAUCCCUUCCACCCAGUCCCCUGGGAGUAGUCGUUCACAACCCCAACAACCUACUCACCCAUCCCUUCCACCCCGUUCCCCUGGGUGUAGUGGUUCCCAUCCCAACUCACCUACUCGUCAAUCCCUUCCACCCAGUCCCCCUGGGAUUAGCCAUGCACAAUCCCACCAACCUACUUCACCUACUCGCCCAUCCCUUCCACCCGGUCCCCCUGGGAGUAGUCGUUCACAUCCCCACCAACCUACUCACCCAUCCCUUCCACCCGGUCCCCCUGGGAGUAGUCGUUCACAUCCCCACUCACCUACUCACCCAUCCCUUCCACCCGGUUCCCCUGGGUGUAGUCGUUCACAGCCCCACUCACCUACUCGCCCAUCCCUUCCACCCGGUCCCCCUGGGAGUAGUCGUUCACAUCCCCACCAACCUACUCACCCAUCCCUUCCACCCGGUCCCCCUGGGAGUAGUCGUUCACAUCCCCACUCACCUACUCGCCCAUCCCUUCCAUCCUGUCCCCCUGGGAGUAGUCGUUCACAUCCCCACUCACCCACUCACCCAUCCCUUCCACCCUGUCCCCCUGGAAGAAGUCGUUCCUGGCUGUUACAAUAGCUUGACGUCUUUCCUAAUAUUGGCCAGAGUGAAUCAUUAGAUAGUUAAUGAUAUUUUAUUACUGCUCAUUCUUUCAGGAAAUGGCAGGCAUAGCGGGAGCAGUGUUAAUAGCUGUUGGUCUGUUAGGGGGAGGUUUAGCUGGUGUGUAUAUUGACAAGACCAAGAAGUUUGAGGAAACCGCCAAAGUUGCAUAUGGUCUAGCAGCAGUAUCAUGUGCCCUUUUUGCUGUUGUAAGUUUGAGUAAUAUAGCAUAAUCCCUGAUUUUUCGCUUGAAAUGUGAAGUCUCCUGGUGAAAAACUCACCGAUGUCUCAAUUUUGGACAAAACCAGGGAUGGUUGAUACCGUAAAAUUCAAAAAAAUAAGCCCCUCCAUGUAUAAGCCCCUCAAAAUAAAAGCCCCCCAAACUCGUAACGCAAAAACCCUCUGUUAAAUCGCCCCUCCAAAUACAAGCCCCCCGGGAGUUUGUACUUGGAAAUUGCCCUCAAAUACAAGGUAAAACAAAGCAAAAACGGUAAAUUUCCCUCCAACUAUGAGGCUAGCCCAAUCGAUUUUGAAACGCAAAUUUCCCUUCAUAGAUAAGCCCCUCCAAAAAUAGCCCCUCAAAAAGGCUUCCAGUUCCAGACCUCCUGUCUUCCCGGGGGGAAGACAGGAGGUCUGGAACUGAGUGGCCCCGGGGCUUAUUUUCGGAAGUUUACGGUAACUUGUUUCCGCCACGUCGACAUUUUCGCUGAAACUCGUGGUAGAUUGAUGACAACUAUCACUUUUCCCCCCUAAAAUAACGCUAGUUCACACGCGCGCACUAGUUAGUAUUGAGGAAAUCUCGUUCUCAUAGUCGUCCUCUUCUUACCCCAAGAGCCUCAAGACAAAGGAAAGGACUCACUGGUACUAAGAAUCGUGGUCGCGUUCGCUUACGAGAGCUCUUCGUCAAAGAGUUUGAAGGGAUAGUUCAAAUGGGGUUUCACAAUAGCCUGCGUAGUAAGAGCUCCUCAGAAACGUUCGUUACGCAGGCUAGCUUUUACAAUGCCGCUGGUCCCAACUUGCAGUGGUGGUUUACGAGAGUUGUCGCAGGGAUAGCUUCCAUAGCACAGUGGAACCCUGCCCUACGGCUCCCCAUAUAAAACGGCCAGUUUCGUUUGUUCCGACGAAAUGCUCAUACAUUUUAUCGAAAAUUAACCCGCUUUUAAAGUAAGAACACUACUUAAUACGGACAACGGACACUAUUCUAUGUCCCGAGUCACAUGUCAUAAAUCGUCAGCCUCGCUUUACGGACAUUGGUUAUCAGCACAAUGUCUUUAGAGAGCUUUAGAUUUGACGACAACAACGAGUACAGGUACGACAUUACAUUUAAAGUUUUUGCGCGUGUUGUCAAAAAAAGAGACUCCCCGGAAAGCUUCAUGAAAUUUUUCCUUUUUUUGUCACAAAAAAAUUAGUACGGUUAUUUAUACUGAAGGGGGUUAAGCCUUCUCUCGAUAGCAAAAUGAUAAAAUUUCUUACAUUUGAUAAAAUUUUCCCGCCACUACGACAUUCUCGCGUAAACUCGUAGUAGAAUGACGACGGCUAUCACGUUUUCCCGGCAAAAUGAGGCUAGUUCACGUAUGAGCAUCUUCGUCCUCGUCUCAAAAUAUAAGCUCUCUUUUUACCGAAUAUCUUAUCAAUGAAAACCUAGCAGAAACAGCGAAUUACCUUUUAAACAUUCUGUCUAAUGUUCAGUCCUCCUGGCCUGAGUUGCAAGCUAAAAGCGUCAGUAUAAAGUAAAGUUAUGGAUUUCAUCGUUGUAUUUCAAGACAAGAAUACUUGAAGGCUAGUUUUACUCUGAAACUGAUAAAUGAUAGUAAGAUUUCUUAAGAUUGAACUUGUUAAAAUUACAGACAAAUGUUUAGACUUUUUUUAGACUUUUUUUCUAAGAGCCCACUUAACACGGACACCCAGAUAAUACGGACAUUAUUGCAUGUCCUCUGGUUGUCCGUAUUAACCGGGUUCCACUGUUCCUCUCUUCUCCAGAGUCCUUGCAAGCUAACUAUAAAUAUCUCUGUUUGUUAUCAGGUAGCAAGGAUGCCUCAUCAGCCUGUUCUUAUUGUUGUUAGCUGCGGUUUAUUUGGUUUCUUUGCGUUCGCUCUUAUGCCCGUCUGUUUGGAAGUCGGGGUGGAGUGUACCUAUCCUGUGGCUGAAGCAACAAGUGCAGGCCUACAGUGGAUGGCUGGGUAUGUUGUGUACGAUGUAGUUAGCAGUCAGUUCUUUUCCUACAUUAAGGCAACAGGGAAAGCAGGCAAAAUCUACAAAAAAAAAUUAGCUUUGGAAACGGACACUCUAAAUCUCCAAGCAAUCAACGAAGGCUUUUUAUUCAACUAAUUAAUAACUAUGAUGUAAUCGAUCUUAUUAUUCAUUCAGAAUAAUUUCCGGUUUCUGACUGGCUAAAAUCCCAGGCAUAAUUAAGAAUUAUUCCUCGAGCCCGAAUGGGCUCUGAGUCAAUAGCCAUUUAGGCUAUUGACUCAGAGGCCAUGAGAUAAGGGAUAAGGGAAGGGGGGCGGUCUGAAAAAAAAAUUUUUUAUUGCCCUUCAGGCCUCAGUUUGGUCUAAAUAUAAGGGGGGGCAGGUUCCUUCCCUGGAUCCGCCACUGAAGACCCUGGAGUGUCUAUAAGGUCAUUUACGGUACCUAAGUCCACUAUUUUCGUUGUUUUCGAGCAAAAAGUAAAACCAGUUCUAUUUUGCACAUAAAUGGAAUUACUUGAUUUGGAUAAGAGAACUAAGUGCCUGACGUCACUAAUGCAGUGUGUGUAUGCUCUUGAUUCUCGCGAUUUGCCUCGCUCGCCACUUGUUGAAGACCCUUUCUCUCCCGCGAUUCUCAAUUGAAGAACUUCUGCUGAACUUCAAGCAAAGAGAUGUUGCUAAGAUUUACAAUAUGUUUGUGGAAUAACAGAGUUAUGAUCCUUUUUUUAUGUUUUUUCUUUUUCAGUCAAGCCACCGGUAUCGUUUUCAUCUUACUUUGCCAAUUGUUAGAAGUUCCAAGACGUUUUAAAGACCACAAAUGUCAUGGGAAAGCUAAGGACGAUAAAGUCCCAGACUUUGAAAGGGCCAUGUACUUUAUGACGUCAGCAGCGGCUGCUAUGGCAAUUCUCCUAAUUUGUACGUUUAAGCCUUCCUAUAAACGCCUGGAAAUGGAGCGGAGGAGAGCAGCAAUGAGAAUUCUAAACGCAGGCAAUCAGAGGAGAUUACCUACCUUCCCUAGCAAUGGAUCUAUCUCAGAGAAUGGGGGAGAUGUUCCAGGGUCACCCUAAAAUUGACAUGCUGUCAAAAGGUUGCCUAGCAACCAUCUUUGACUGACGGUGGCCAUUGCCGUAGGCGAAGUAGCUGGAAAGCCCUCUCUGUUCUAAUUUAGCUGAAAGCUUAGACAUGGGCUAACAAGGACAGCAUCAGGUGCCAUGUUGCCCAUCAAAGACUGGAAGUCUGACAUUGAUGUGACAGCUUUCCUAACGCUAGGAUGAUUAGGUUUAUUUCGGGAUCUUUCUCGAAAAGCGAUACAUACACUAGAUGUCACGUAAGGCGUGGAACUUAAAAAUAACGUAAUGUGCAAGGUUAGUUCAACGGAAAUUAAUUGGGAAAGGUUUCGUUAAUGGCUCUAAUACGAGUUGAACUCGUCUUCCAUUAGUUCUUUAAGUCGACGUAUUGGCCAUCAACUU